AUGAUGCGUGGCCAGCUUGGGAGGCUGCCGCCGCUGUCAGAGGCGGCCGCCACUGCGAGGUCUCGAGGGCCGACCGGCCGGGCGAGCAUCCGCGCUGCCGACGACGUGCUCGAGGCUGACCUUCAGAGCGACGAGAUUCUCGCAUGCUUUGAGGAGGCGCUCGGCGAACGGCAGCCAGAGAUGGGAACGGAUGCUGCAGCAGGGCGAGAGGCGAACGCCGAGAGUGCGGAGGCCGCACCGCGACUCGAGGCUGCAGCAGAGCAGCAGCGGGAACAUUCCCUGCUUGCACCGACCGCGGGGCGCGGCGUUGAGCCGGUGCUGCCAGACCCGGUGCCUAUGCUGAAACCGCUUCGCUUGCGCGGGAGAGGCGCGUUUAGCCGCGAACGGGGAUGCCAGGCGAGAGCCGGAACCCUGUGGCCGUGCUCGGCGCUUGGAAUCCUCUCCGUAUGA